CUUGAAUCACCUAAAACUUUGAUUGAUGUUGCGUGUCCUUAUCACUCUUGUUGACUCGUACUGCAGUUUCUUCCUUUUCUUAUUUUACUGAAAUACAUUGGUUUCAGUCAUGGGAACAAGUUAAACCUCAAUUGAUGUUCUUCUGCUACUGCUCAGUUUCUUUCUCUUGACACUCGGCUUUGCACCUCUUCGCGACGAACCAUGGCGCGUUCUAAACAAGCGACCCCUAUCCGACGGGAGGCGUCGUCCGAGUACUUCAGUAAAUAUGAUGGUGCUGCGCGCAAAAAGGACGCUGUUAUCACCAAGCCAGUGGCGAAUGGCAAGAUUGUCGCAGCUCCCGUCACAGCUGAGAGCACUUCUGCCCAGAUCGAGUCCCACCAUGCGGUCGCAUUCAAGCUUCUGGUCGCGGUGACGGGAAUUUACGUAUCCUUCAUCACCUGGGGCUACCUCCAAGAGAAGCUCACCACGACACGGUACGGACCCGUCGACGACCCGGAAGUCUUCCAAUAUCCCGUCUUCCUGAACACGAUUCAGUCCCUCUUCGCUGCCGUCACGGGCUUUCUAUACCUCUGCUGGAGCGCCUCGCGCACCACUGCUACCGACAGCACCACGCCACGAUCGCUACCGCCCAUCUUCCCCUCUCGGCGCAUGGUGCUGCCGCUCAUCCUAGUCUCCGUGACCUCGUCGCUCGCUUCGCCAUUUGGCUACGCGUCCCUCGCGCACAUCGACUACAUCACCUACCUGCUGGCCAAGUCGUGCAAGCUCCUCCCCGUCAUGUUCUUGCACACGACCCUCUUCGGGCGCCGCUACCCGCUGUACAAGUACCUCGUCGUCGCGGCGGUGACGCUCGGCGUCGCCAUCUUCACCCUGCACACCGGCUCGGCCAAGAAGAGCCGCAGGACGGCCGCCAACCCGGACGCGAACCUGCCCUGGGGUCUUCUCUUGCUUGGUAUUAACCUGCUGUUCGACGGCCUGACCAACACGACCCAGGACUACAUCUUCUCCACCUUCAAGGGCUACACGGGACCCCAGAUGAUGUGCGCGAACAACUUGGUCAGCAGCGCUGUCACCACGCUCUACUUGCUCCUGAGCCCCUGGCUCGUCCGCAUGCGCGUUGGAGAGUGGCUCGGGAUGGAUGUCGCCAGUAGCACGGGCGAGUUGGUCGGCGCCCUCGCUUUCAUGGGCCGCAAUCCCGAGGUCUGGUUUGACGUUCUCGGCUUCGCGACGUGCGGUGCCAUCGGCCAGGUGUUCAUCUUCUACACGCUCUCGACCUUCUCUUCGGUUGUCCUGGUCACAGUCACCGUGACCCGCAAGAUGGUCACCAUGGCCCUCUCUGUUUUCGCCUUCGGCCACCGCCUCACGGGCAUGCAAUGGCUUGGCGUCGGCCUCGUCUUUGGUGCCAUCGGCGCCGAGGCCCGCAUCGCUACAGUCGAGAAACAGAAGAAGGUUGCCGCCGCCAAGUCCAAGUUAGAAAAGACACAGUAGUAGAGUGUAGAGUAUACAGCAUGUGGACGAGGCGGGGUGCAGGCUGGGAGAAGGGGGGCCGGGUUUUCGUCUCCCAAUCCACUGCCUUGAGUACAGCAUCGAAUGGCGUUGGGGUGUUUAUCAUGGGCAACGUUAGAGUGGUCUUAUUAGAGACUUGACAUAGAAACAGAUAUCUACUCGGUACAUUUCAUAUAAGGGGCUUAACCCUUGCAAAAUAGAUGGUACAUACAACCGGA